CAAGAAUAUAGCUCUGAUACCACUUUGUCGGAGAUCAGAAGAAGAUAAGCACAAAGAGCUCACUGGAAGAGGAAAAACAGAGUGGAGAAAUUGAUGGAAAACAUAGAAGACAUAACCAUACUUCUUCAUCUUAUAUCAUUUACUGAUAUAUGGAGCUUGCUUCUUACACUGCCUGGCUUACAUAUUUUUGGAGGAGAGCAAGAAUUCAUGGAGUAGAACCCGAUGUUGCUGAUGAGCGUUUACAGUUCUGGAUCAACCAGAGUUCUCGAUCUUCCUCUUCACAUGAUGCAGUUGAAGUUGAGCGCGGCCUCAUGGAGCUGAGGAGGUUAGGUUUAGAGAAUCAGUUAUGGAAAAAAUCUCGCCAGCGACUUGAGGUUGAUCCAGAUCAGACAUUCAGAUGCUGAUGCAAAGUAAUGCUGGUGAGAUAUCUUCUUCAUAUUCACGAUGCAAAUUAGAUGAACGGGCUUUGGUUUAAGGCCUUAAUUUUGUAGCUUAAUUUUGUAUGCUAUAUUAAACUUUCUCAUCGCACAGCGUUGCAUCCCUCUGUUAAUUUGAUUCUUUCAGAAGAAAAAUGCUAAGUGUGG